CGACGAUCGGCGAGGCGCCGCGCCGCCCAACGCAUGAUUAUGGCUGACGAGGAUUUUGGGCUCAGAGAUGAUGGUGCCUCUUGGCACUGGUACUUGCUGUGGGGCUCAUUGUUAUUUGGCACACUUGCUGCACUGGGCAGUGGAGCUCCGUAUGCCCAAAUUUUGCUCAAGUCUCAAGUUGUUGACAAGUUCAAGCCCAUGUUUGGAGGACAUGAUAAGGAACUGGCACCAUUUGAGGAAGAAAUUAUGUCACUGAAAGACCAGUUCAAACCAGAAAUGUUGGAGAAAGGGUAUCAAUGGUGCCAAGAUCGAGGUUUGGUGGCACAAGCUUGCUCCAAUUGCAAUACCAAGUUGGAGCUGUCCACAAAGAUCAAAGAUAACACCUGUGUUGGCUAUUGCCCCAACUGUCAGUCAACUUGUGACCCCCUGGCAGGGACUUGGUUUGAAGAGUGUGAACUGGACCCCUGGGCUUCCAUUGCCAUCUUGUUUUAUUGGGCUGUGGGCUACACAUAUCCCCAGGCUGCAUCCAGGAUCCAGGUGUCUCCCUCCAUUGCAAGAGCUGCUUAUGCUAAAUGUGUGAAGUUCUCUGAAAAGGCACUUGCUUUGUGCAAAGAUGAGCUGUACCUCGAUGUUCCAACAAAACACUAUGAAACGCAUCAACACCAAGCUUGUCCCCAGUUCAAAAUCGGAGGCAAAGGCAAGAAGGUAGAGGUUGCUGUGGUGGGGAAGAACCAGCUGGUCAAGGACAACUUUGCCAUCAUUGGGGCUGAAGUUGGCUCUUGGCGCUGCUUUGUCCUCCCAUCCUCAAUCAUCAAUAAAACCCUGGUGGACUUUGCAAUGCACCAACGAGUCAGAGAGGGCUCUAUAGUGUACCAUCCCCUUAGUCUGUACCAUGGAGGUGACAGGACCCAGUAUUUGCCUCAGACCUUUAUGCCACAAGGCACAGCAGUGGCAUCUACUGAGGACAGGAAAGUGAGUGUGGAGCAUGUUGACAAAGUGAGGGAUGAGAUGAGGGCCAAUGUUCCUGAGUUGCUGUCUGCCUGGGACUACUAUGUUUUUGUGGUGCAAUACAUGUACAACAAAAAGUUUUGGUUUUCUCCAUCUGAGUCUUUCAGAAGAAUUCUGGAGCACAUUGCUGAGGUCUAUAAUAACUCACCAGAAAUGACUGCUUGAAGUGGUCAGCAUCCUUCAUGGGACAAACCCAAUUUGUGUGCUUUGGUGCAUUUGUUUUCAUGGUUGUGAUUUGAGUGAUGCAAUCAAAGAACAAGCUUGAUUCUGGCUGUGAUCNAU